AUGGCGCGCACGUACUGGGACUGGGACGAGUCGGAGCUGCACGCAGGCAUCGCAAACAUCCAGACACAGCUCACACUGCUCACCGGAGUCAAUUGGAUAGGAGUGAAGAUCGAUGCUUCCAAGGGCGGAGACAGCGAGGCCGCUGACAAGGGCGGAGAUGGAGACGACGAGCUGGCGAUCAAGGUUCUGGCAGACGAACACCAAGUGAAAGCCGCUAGCGAUGAGAAGCCCGAGGCCGAGGUUGAAGGAGGGCCGGUAGAGGAGACUGCGCUGGUCACCGAAGGCGAGGACGGGCUUGUCAAUGGAAAUGAUGGAACGGCUGGAGCAACCGGAGGCGCUGUGAUAACCGGGGCAUCUGUGACGACCGUAGCUACUAUGGACAUCAACGAACUCUCCACCACGGAGUCGAUGUUCGAAGGCGACUCUCAGCACAUGUACGAAGAGUACACUCGCGAACAGCUGAAGGCGAAUAUUAAGAAGGUCAAGGCGAAAUUGCGCGAGCUCGGCGUCGUGGGACCUGAAGUGGACGAGCCUGUCAAGAAGCGCGGCAAAUUGAUGAAGGGGUGCAUGAGGGCGAGGGAGGAAGUAGAGCCAUCAUGGGAGCCGUGGAAGCGUGGGAAGCUUGCGGCGGUUCUUUGA